ACGUUUGCCGCCGAACCACCAGCUUCCGAAGAAGCCGACGAUACCAAGACGCCCAAUUCGUGACACAUAGUUGCCUUCCAAGCGGGACUGUGACGGUCCUUUCGCUCGCCCAUCCCGCGACACUCAAAUAGCGACUCCUGCAACGCAUUCAAGAUGAAGUCGAUGGUUUUGGUCACCGCUGCGGUCGUCGCCCUCGCCGACGCGUUGCCGGGGAACUUCAUGUCCGUGGCUUCGAAGCACGAACACGGCGAGGUCGCAGCGCGUUAUGUGAAGGGUGUGCAGCAACCGAUAGAACCACCCAAUCUCUCGGGCUCGACGAUUCAAGGGUGUUACAAGUCCUCGGGAAAACUCGAGUUCCAGAAAGUAAUCGAGUGGAACACCAUCGGCUCAUGCGGUAACGACCUCUGCCGUGCGGAGGGCUUCAAAGUUGGCGGCACGACAGGCGGGAACCAGUGCUGGUGCGGCAACACAUACCCGCCCAAGGAUGAUUUGGUGGACUCGAAGAACUGCGAUGUUGGUUGCACAGGUUUUGGCGACCACGCAUGCGGCGGCAUUGACUUCUGGACCAUUUACCACACCGGCGUAACUCUAUCCGUCAAAAACGACGCCUCUCCGCCGAAGUCGACAAGCUCCUCCGAUUCACCCAAGGCGACCGAGACCGAGUCAAAGCCCCAAGAAACCGUCGUCGUCACCGAGUCACCCACCAGCGAGCCGGAGAGCGACAGCUCUGGCCCCAACGUAGCUGGCAUCGCCGCUGGCGUGGUCGUGGGCGUCGUUGUCAUAGCGUCGGCAAUCGGCGGUGGCUUUUUAUACAUGCGCCGCAAGCGCAACCAAGAGAUUGAGGAAGAGCACCGUCGCAACGCCGCAGUCAACGCCUUUAUUGGCAAGCCUCCCAGGAGCAGCGGGGGCACUUCCACGACAGAUUCCCGGAUGGACCCAGUGAUGGCCCACCGGAGGAUGAGCGACGGCAGCAUCGCCGACAACCAAGAUUACUCCAGGAGGAUCCUUCGCGUCACCAACGCGUGAUCGCACCACCCCAGUGAUAACGACAAACGAAUUCGCCUGUAUUUCACA